AAACACUGGCAUGUUCUAGACGGCGCACGGUUUCUCGGACCGCAGCUCAGUUGAUCGUGACGCACCGCAUUCGCGGCACAGUGCAAAGGACAGCUGCAUAUAGACGACAUUCGGUUUCGGUUUGACGCUGAAGCAGUAAUGAAACCCAGUGUGCCGACGGUAAAUGGCUGAUUCUGACGGAAUUCCGUACCCACGCGUACGUUAAAAGAGCGUCAGUUCCUGUGAUACGCGUCUUAGGAGUCGGGACGGACUAGAGCUUCAGCGAAAUAUCCCAGCACUGUUUACGGUAGCACGGCUCCUCCUGGCUGGAUAUACUUCUAAAAAAGGUGGACAUAGCCGAAGGUCGCAAUGGUGGAUUACUAUGAUGUGCUGGGAGUGUCACGAAAUGCUUCUCCAGAUGACAUCAAGAAAGCUUACAGGAAACUGGCUCUACGGUGGCACCCUGACAAAAACCCAGACAACAAGGAAGAGGCGGAGUCUAAAUUUAAGGAGAUAGCAGAGGCCUAUGAAGUUCUUUUAGACAAAAGCAAACGAGAUGCUUACGACAGAUACGGUAGAUCGGACAUACCAAGCUCAGGCUCUGGAGGUUCUUCAUUUCCUGAUGACUUCCCAGGAUUCAGCUUCACAUUCCGCAGCCCAGACGAGGUGUUUCGAGAGUUCUUCGGAGGGCAGGACCCAUUCGCAGACUUCUUUGAUGAUUUCCCAUUUGGUGGAAUGCACAGUGGGUUUCACAGCUCCUCCUCCAGGCUUGGGCCUGGUCGCUUCUUCUCUUUCCCCUCAGCAAAUGCUGAUUUUACCUCCUUCUCUUCUUCAUUGGGUGGGAUGGGCGGCAUGGGAGGAGCAAACUUCAAGUCUGUUUGUACUUCCACCCGCAUUGUCAAUGGAAAACGCAUUACCACAAAAAAGGUCCAGGAAAAUGGCCAGGAGAGAACCGAGGUUGAGGAGGAUGGGGUUUUGAAAACUGUCCUCAUAAAUGGUGUGGAAGAUGCGAGUGCCUUAGCUCAGGAACGGAGUCGUAGAGAGCAGUCCAUUCAGCCUCCCAAACAAUCCCAGCAUGCACUGCUCCGCCCCUCCAACAACAGCUCUCCUAAUCCAGCUAUACGCUCCUACAGCGCCGCCCCGUUCUGCCACUGCCCUGAUGCUGGUGAAGAUGAGGAGGACGAAGACCUGCAGAUGGCGCUGGCCUACAGCUUGUCAGAGAUGGAGGCCCAGCAGAGGGCAGAGGACGUGAUCUCAGGUGCUGGGGCAGGGAGGGGGAAGCAGCCUGGUGGCGGGAAGGGUUCUGUUCAAAAAAACAAAUAUCAGAGAGAAGUGCUGGAUAAUUCAGAAAAAAGCACCCCUUCGUCUCCAGAGGAUAGACUGAUAGAACAGGGUCAGGCUAAAGGUUCAGAAAAUGUUGUUGUCCAGAACAAGGAGAAUGAUAAAGUGGCGGCCAAUGGGACUAAUGAGAAAAAAAAGAGGAGAAAGUGUCAGUGUGUGGUGUGUUAGUAAGAAUAUGGAGAAAAUCAUGUUUCUGUGUGAAAUUAACCUUAUGUUUUCAUUUUAUGGUUGUUGCUUUGUUUUUUUCCUGAAGUUUUUGACUUACAGCUCUGUCUCUUAUGGCAUUGCACAAAGUUGACUGAUGAAAUUGUAUUUUCUCGCAUUGAGGUAUGAGUAACAGGUGCCAAAAUGUGUUUAUCCACCACAGAGUCAGGACAUUUUAAAGGAAAUUUUGCAAUAUUUUAGAAUUCCAUGCACAAAAUGUCCUGUUGUCUGACAGGUAUCACUGAAAUAGGUGUCUUGGGAUAUCAUUUGGCAGCCUUCACUCUGUAAACGGUAAAAAUAGUAAAGUCACUUUUGUAGCCAAUUAAAAACACUGAAUCACUUG